AUGGGUGACCGCCUCGCUCGCCGUGCCUCUGGCCGUCAGUCGAAGCCCGCCGAGCGCAUCUUGAACACCGAGUACAGCGAGAACUGGGCUGGCGCCGUCUACGAUUCGGCUGAUGGCACCUACACCGCCGUGACCGGUACUUUCACCGUCCCCACGCCCUCGGGCGACGGUGCCGCGUCCGCCUGGGUUGGUAUUGACGGUGACACCUGCUCGAACGCCAUCCUCCAGACCGGUGUUGACUUCACCGUCUCUGACGGCGACGUCUCUUACGAUGCCUGGUACGAAUGGUACCCCGACUACGCCUACGACUUCUCCGGCAUCUCCUUCUCCGCCGGCGACGUCGUCAAGCUCACCGUCACCGCCUCCUCGACCACGUCCGGCACGGCUGUGAUCGAGAACACGACGACGGGGCAGACGGUCACGCAGGACAUCACGUCCUCGUCCGCGCUGUGCGAGGAGAACGCGGAGUGGAUCGUGGAGGACUUCGAGGAGAACGGCUCGCUCGUCGAGUUCGCCAACUUCGGCACGGUCACGUUCACGGACGCGUACGCGACGACCUCCAGCGGCCAGGUGUCGCCGUCGGGCGCGACUGCGAUCGACAUUGAGCAGAACGGCUCGGUGUUGACGUCGGUUACUGUUGGCGAUGAUGUUACGAUCAAGUACGUCUGA